AAGAGAGUGAGGUCCUUUUGAUAUAGGAACCCGUCUUAGUUUUCUUGUAUCAGACACAAACUCGUUCAAAGGAAUAUUUUGACAUAAUUGUUUGAAAAAAAAUGGUGAGUGUUGUGGGAGAGAUGUUCUGUAAUCCGUACACGACGGAGCUAGUGGUGAGAAGGCAGCGUGAGAGCCUGAAAAGGGAUCGUUUUGACGUUUUUGAUCUCUCCGGCAAUCUCAUCUUCACCGUCGACGGUGGGACAUGGAACAUCCGCCGUAAACGUACCCUCCGUGACGCUAGCGGAAUUCCUCUCCUCUCCAUGCGCACCAAGGGUAUUAUAACAAUGAGAUACAAAUGGGAAGUGUACAAAGGAGAAAGCACAGAAUCCGAGGAUCUUCUUUUCUCAGUAAGAGAACCAAAUCUGUUCUCCUUCAAAACAUCACUUGAUGUCUCAUUACCGCCACAACAACCUUCGACGGACAUUAGUAGUAUCGAGCCAGAUUUUCGAACAUCUGGUCGUUACAUUGGUUCUUCUUUCAAACUCUUUGAACCAAUUCAUAAUACUCUUCUUGCUGAGGUGGUUCAUGAUUUCUCAUGGGGAGGACUUAUAAUAGGAAAUUACAGCUUCAAGGUGAGAGUUAAUCCAUAUGUCGACAUCGCAUUUGUUAUCGCGUUGCUUGUAAUUGCAGAUGAUACGUCCAAUCUACGUUAGAGAAGAUUUAUGGCUAUCUUAGCUGGUGUCCUAUGCUGUAUGUAUUUUAUUCAAAUAAUAAAGAAAUGGGUUGUAAAUUAGUAAACAUACCACUUGUAUGUAUCGUUAUCAAUCUGUAUAUUGCUGCUCUUUCUAUUUUGUACUUGAGGUUUUGUCUACAAAUAAAGCAUUUACCACUUGUAU